GUUUCGGCAGCCCUAGUCAGCUGUGCAGUUGAUGAAAACGCGAGGCCGCCUUCUUAUAAAACACAAUGUCUUUUAGCAAUUUAUUAAUGAAAAGCGGUGUAAAUGGCGGUUUGCGUAGCACACAAACCGCAGCACUGGGACUACUCAAUGUCAGUUCGCGCCAGGGACACACGCUGCGCGGCAAGCCACCCGGUGUGGCACGAACACUGGAGCAACGAUUGCGGGACGAUAAUGUUACCGAUCCAGAGAUUGUGGCACGCGUCAACAUUGGAUUUCCACAGCUGAAGCCAUCGCGUUCGGCACAACUGAAGCUUCGCCUGGAGCAUCUGAAGGCGCAACGUGCCAGCAAGGAGUUGGAGAAGCUGGCGCGAAGCAACAAGCUGGUCAUCGACCUGGACAAGGUGCAGGAGGCUUAUGUGCAAACAACAGGCCAACAUGAUCUGCGUCUGCUGGCGGAUCACUAUGGCAUCUUUGAGCAUCUGUUUGGCAGCGCGUAUUUUGUGCCACGCGUUCCGCUUAGCAUACAGUAUGAGCUGGAUGCGAAUCUUCUAAGUCCCGUCUACAAUGGCAAUGUAAUAAAACCUUCGGAGGCAAUCAAGGCGCCAUUGGUCAGCUUUGAUGGCCAGUUGGAUCCCAUAACGGGCAAGUCGGCGGAGGGUGACAGCUACUGGACGCUACUACUCACAAAUCCCGAUGCCCACUACACGAAUCCAGCAGCUGAGUGUCUACAUUGGUUCAUUUCCAACAUACCCAAUGACAAGAUCGGCGAGGGCGAAGUUUUGGCUGAGUAUUUACCACCAUUUCCGCCAAAGGGUGUGGGAUACCAGCGCAUGGUGUUUGUGCUUUACAAGCAGGUGUCCCGCUUGGAUCUGAGCAAACACAAGCUGGAUGCCAAGGAUCACAUCAGUCUGGAGAAACGUACAUUUAGCACACUGGACUUUUAUCGCCAGCAUCAGGAUGAGCUGACACCAGCGGGCCUUGCCUUCUACCAGUCCAACUGGGACGAAUCCCUGACAAAGUUCUAUCACAAUGUGUUGCAGAUCAAGGAGCCCGUGUAUGAAUAUGAUUUCCCCAAGCCAUAUUUGGCAGAUCAAAAGUUCUUCCCGCUCAAGCAGCCCUUCAAUCUGUACAUGGACAAGCAUCGCGACAUCAAGCAGGUGAACAAGGAGUAUCUGGAGCGCAAGCUUGCAAAAACACAUCCCUUCAAUGGACCCGAGCCUCCAUUGCGUUUCCCCAGUGCACAUCCUAUUAAAGAUGUACCUUCCUGGCUCGCAACGGAAAUACGCAAACGGCGAUUGGGCACUGGACGUGUCCAGGAUUACUAGACCACCCAAAAAACAGAUGAACACAUUUGAUUAAUCGUUGUUUAGUUUCCUUUUAUAUUUGGUUAACAAGUUGCUUUCUUUUUUUGCUGGAAGUACAUGAAUUGAAACAAUGAAGUACAUGUUGCGCCUCUAUAAGUAAUAUGUGUAUGAAUUACAUAAUAGUCUAAAAAUAAAUACGUUAACAUAAA